UUCCCAUGAGGCUCUGCUUUUUAAUGACUCAGGCUGGAAGUGUUGUGCUUGAAUUAGGGCAGGAAGUAGGGUUGAAUUUUCUUAACUCCUUAAGCUUUCAUAAUUAAUCAACAAAUAACUCCUCCCUUUAAAAUUCAUACAUUAUCCAGCAAACAUGGAAUAAGAAUACUCAGUUAUCUGGUGGACGUUGUCAUUGUGAUCGUAUGCAAAAUUUCUCGUAACUGAUUAACAAGAAAUAUGUAGCAGCUAGAGGGGACAAUCAAAAAUCAGAUCUGAGGAGUUAAAAGGUUAAUAAAACUACUUUACUUUAUGUCUCUAGAAGUACGACUUGCAAGAGGAGGCAGUUUUUGGAGGGAGGGGCCCCUAUUAAGAAAUAAUUAACUUGUACUGAUCAGGCUGUAGUUGAAGCUUAAAAAUUUAUAAAUCAAGUGAAAAUUACUGGUAAAGCAGCUUUUCCUUGUAUCCCUACUGUUUAAAAGAAAGCGAGGGAUAAGGGGAAAGUGUUUAUGGUCUUGGGGGUGGGUGUUUAUUUGGGUCAAGGUGCUUAUUGGAGUGUUGGAAAUUAUUUGAGGAAAUAUAGUAUUUUAAUCCCUAAAAUCAUUGUCAUAUUUUUCUAUGCAAUGUUUGACUCUGAGUAAAAUGUUUUUAUGAAGGAAUACAAUUAAUUUCUUUGCGUAAUGGGAUUUACUAACUUGAGAACUCUUGGUGGAAUUUUGACAAUGUCUUAAUUACAAGAAUUUGGAAAGUCAUCAAACAUUUUGGCACCUUGACAAAGUAAGAGAGCAUCUUGCUUUCCUUUCCUUCCAGGUAGGAAAUUGUAGGGGACUUCUGCAGGAAUUAGAGCUACACUUAAAGUUAACUGACUCACCUUUUUCUUCUAUGUCAGGAAUUAAAUCGUGAUUCAUGUUCUAUUGUUAUCAUUUCAUCAAGCAUUGAUCAGAGGAGCCUCUUGAAAACCACCUGUCUGGUGAUAGAGGCUAUCCUCCGUUCCCUGCGCUGCACUCAGAGUCAGUAUGUACUUGACUGUUUGCUGACAAAGGCGUUUUACAGGAGAUAUUGCACAGGAAGCUCGUCAUGUUACUGCUGUUGAUUUCAUGCAGUCAUUUACGGACAAGAACAAGGAAGUAAAUGGAACCAAGCACAAUAACAUUGACUUUGUUUGUGCUGACGUCACAAAGCUUGAAUUGCCAAAAGAAAGCUAUGAUGUAAUUUUCUCCAACUGGCUUCUGAUGUACCUGUCUGAUGAAGAACUUGAAAAGCUGGCAAUGAACAUGCUCCAGUGGCUAAGAGAUGGCGGCCACCUUUUUUUCCGUGAGUCUUGCUAUCAUUCCUCAGGGGACAUGAAAAACUCAGAAAAUCCCACGGUGUACAGGACUCCUCAAAUGUACACUGAAGUAUUUUCUGCUGUCAAAGUGAGACUUCCCAAUGGUGGUGUCUCUUCCCUGGAAGUGGUGACCAAGCGUUCAGUGGAGGCAUAUGCAAAGCACAAGCAAAACAAGCACCAGUUUUCCUGGUUGUGGAAAAAGGUUUCAUUAAAAAAUGGAAGCAAAGGAACCUUGCAGGAAUUUCUCGACAACAAUCAGUACAACAAGGCAGGGAUCCUCAUGUACGAAAGAGUGUUUGGGAAAGGUUUUGUGAGUCCUGGAGGGAUGACAACAACAAAGGAAUUUGUUGGUCGACUAAAUCUUCAAAAAGAUCAGCAUGUCCUAGAUGUGGGGUGUGGCAUAGGUGGUAGUGCCUUCUACAUUGCUGAUACAUACCACGCCCAUGUUCUUGGUAUGGACCUGUCUACAAACAUGAUCAACUUUGCACUUAAAGCAUAUGAAAGCUCUAAAAGUAGCCAGGUCCAAUUUGAAGUAAGUAAUGCCUCAACGAGAGAGUUCCCAGCUGAAAGUUUUGAUGCAGUUUACAGCAGAGAGACCAUUCUUCAUAUAAAGGACAAGAAAGCCCUUUUCAAGAAAAUUCUGAAUUGGCUCAAGCCUGGUGGACAGUUAUUGAUCACAGAUUACUGUUGUAGUCCAGGGGAACACUCAGAAAAAUUCAAAAAGUACCUUGCAGAACGCCAGUACUACUUGAUCGAUGUUGAAAGCUAUGGAAAGAUGUUAUGUGAAGUUGGAUUUGAGGCAGUCGCAGCUGAAGACAGAACAACACAGUUUGCGCAUAUCUUAGAGAGUGAACUGAGGAAUUUUGAAAAGUCAAAGGAGAGGUUCAUCAAGGAUUUCUCAAGUGAAGACUACAGCUCUUUAGUGAAUAGCUGGACGAACAAACUGACCAGAUGUAGAGGUGGUGAACACACUUGGGGAGUUUUCUAUGCCAGGAAGCCAGUCAGUUCAUAAUAAGACAGACGUGUUCAUGCUAUCAACAUGGUUUUGUCUGGAUUGAGAUGUAGAAGAUCCAUAGCAAUCACUUGUUGCAACCUAAUAUGAAAACCAAAAACUGUGUUCUGAUAAUCAUAGAGGUACCCCAGAGCCUCUCAGUAUUAGCCUAUUCAAGUGGGCUGGCUUUUUUGGUUUUGUUCACAUGACUCCAUCUCACUGCUCGUUUUGACGAUAAUAUUUGGUCUGAGUUUGUGGGAAAGCCCACCAUUAAAUUUUGUUGUGAUGAUCUCUGAAAUGGAGCUAGAAAAUUUUCACGUGAUGUCUCAAGCUUUGUUUCCAAUAUGGCUGGUGGUUCUAGUGGUUAUUUACUGUUAAUCUUGUUGAAAUUUCUUAAAUGAGUUCUUCAAGAAGGCUGUAAAAUUGACCUUGAUUGGCUUAUUCAGUCUCGGUUGGUCUGUGGAAACAAUUGUAAUAGCUAGUGCAGUAGUUGUUGAGGGCAACUCUUAAUACUGCAACCAGUUUUUCUGUCCAAUUUUUUUCUUCUCAUCUCCAAAUACAAAGUGUGUGUCAGGCUAGGCCUACUAGGCAUAUUAAAACUUCCUACAGAAACAGCCUGGCCCAGUGAUCAGGCUUGUACAUAGCGGCCCCAAGAUAAAGAUGUCCUCCAAACAAACUACAGGUUUUCUUUCCUCACCUCUCAACACUUCCUCCAUGGCUGAUUACAGUGCUCUUAGCUGGAUGUGGGGCCAGCAAAUGACAUUUAUUUCAUAAAGAUUUUCAUAUAAAUGAAGAGACCUUUUUAUGCAUAACUUCAAACAGAAGUGUAGUUUGACAGUAAAAAGGUCAUUUCCGAAUUACGUUUGGCCUGUUUUUCAAAACGAGGCCUGGUGCUUAACCAUACGUAUGAAAAUGAGUUUAAUU